GUGUCAAUCCGGAAACUAGCACUUCCGGGUUUCCGCUGUGUUCACUUGUGAUUGGAAGCGAACAAAAAGGAAUGCACGACUCUCGUACUUGUGCAAAUAUGAACUUGUAGUCCGACCUCGUUGAAUUGACGAACCUUUUGCUGAUCAAUGCCCUUGAAACUUCUAAAAAUACAGAUAGUCACCUGUGCGGAAGAAAGCUGACUAGCUCCGCGGCAAGCUUGCCGUGAGAGCUCACAGCCGAUCCGUCCAGCACACCUGACCCAAAAAUGGACUGCAUCUGUGAGAUACUUCAAGCUUUGGUAGGCUUGGCGAUUGUUGCUGUAAUUGUGCUUGUGAUGGUGGCGCACGUCACGGCCAGCGUGGCCAACCUGAUGCGGGACAACAAGGAGAAACGCUUCAUCACCGCUACUGGUGCAGAGGAGCUGUUCCCCAGUCUGCACGACCCCCCCUCAAUAGAACUCUCCGUGGUGGUGCCUGCCUACAAUGAGGAGCUGCGGAUGCCACUCAUGUUGGAUGAAGCUAUGGAAUAUUUGGAGAGCAGGCGGAAACGCCAAGCUUCUUUCACCUACGAGGUUAUUGUAGUGGAUGACGGCAGCAAAGACAAAACCACAGAGAUGGCCCUGCAGUACACCAGGAAGUACGGCGCUGAGAAAGUGCGAGUUCUGACGCUGGUGAAGAACCGGGGAAAAGGCGGCGCAGUGCGCUUGGGAACGCUGAGCUCCAGGGGCCGCCUUGUUCUCAUGGCGGAUGCUGACGGAGCCACCAAGUUCGCCGACGUCGAAAAAGUGGAAAUGGGCCUUCAAGACCUCAGUCCCAAACCGGACAACAUGGCCAUCUCGUGCGGUUCCCGAGCUCACCUUCAGCAGGACGCCGUCACUCAGCGCUCGCUGUUCCGCAACUUCCUGAUGCACGGGUUCCACUUCCUGGUUUGGUUCCUUUGCGUGCGCGGCAUCCGCGACACGCAGUGCGGCUUCAAGCUUUUCACCCGCGAGGCGGCGCUGCGCACCUUCUCCUCGCUGCACGUGGAGCGCUGGGCUUUUGACGUGGAGCUCUUGUACAUCGCGCAGUGCUUCAACAUCCCCAUCGCAGAAGUGGCCGUCAACUGGACUGAGAUAGAAGGCUCCAAGCUGGUUCCGUUCUGGAGCUGGCUCCAGAUGGGUCGAGACCUGAUCUUUAUCCGCCUGCGCUACCUGACGGGAGCCUGGAAGCUGCACCAGCCCAGCAAGAGCCACUAGCCAGUCGCUGAAGACACUGGCGCAACCUAAAGACCGAAUUGCAAGACGACAGAAGGCGGGUCUUCUUUUUUUUUUUUUUUUUUCCCCCCCCCCCCCCAUUUGUACCUUCCUCCACAGGGGGGCGCCGCCUCUUAAGAUGGAACUGGCCCCGCGGACUGUCUUUGAGCAUGGUUUAUUCCAUAUCCUCCAUAUCGACCCGCAAGGCUCAUGCACUUCUUUGUCCUCACUAAGACGACGAUUUUAGCGCCCAAGAAAAACAACUCAUUUACCUACAAACGGCCCCCAAAAUGCUCACUCGUAGAAUGUCGUUGUCCUACUCGUAGGCCAAAGUACUGCCACUGCAGUUGUCAGUUAGUGCGGUUCUGCCCCACCGGUAACAGUCGAUGAGUGAGGCCAAAGAAUGUUUCGGUGCAUGGAUCUCAAGUCAAGUACAAUUUUUGGUGCCUAGGGAGAAGUGGCAGUAAAAAAAGGCCAAAAUCCACAUGUGAGGGCGGGAGGCAGGAUCCCGAGGAUAUCAAACGCGCCGACGGCUUUCCAUUGUGCGGCUGCCCCUAUUUUGAGUGCCAAGUUGGUUUCAUUGGUCAGAUGGGAUGGCUUCUUCUUGAAGAAACAGGACGCGGGUUGAAGGCAAGCUAAAAAAAAAAAAAAAAAGAUGUGGAGUUAUUU